GAACGCUGGGCCCAUCCAAAAUGGCGGCCCCGAACUUCACAGACGAGCCGACUAGCAGAUAGCUGAAGCAGCUGGCCAGACGAUCGAAGCGUAAGUUGUGAACAACUUGGUUUAGCCUGACCGCGGGACGCUCUAUUGGAGCAUUCGAUUUUGGCGCCAUCCACCGCCGUACGACGGUGCUUCGCUCGUACAGUUAUCGGAGACGAAGCCCCAGUUCUGGGAUCGCGUGAACUGCGGCGAGUUUCCACGCGGUGUACUGGCAGUUUGCCGCGAGAUGGGGCUCUUAUCCUGUUUCCGUAAAGUACAGCAUCUGGGAUUUGUUCUUUCCGGAGACUCACUUCUACGACUUCGAGGAGAUCUUUCGUACUCUCCGGCAGAUGACAUAAUCCUUCCUAAGGGAGAAAUCUCCGCGAUCGCGGCCCUCAGUCCGAGGAAGAUCGUGAUCGUGUGUGGAUCUGACAUCUUCCUUUGUUCGAAAAAGAAAAUCGUCAAGAUCUACGAAGGUGGAACGAUCAAACCCCUCAUUGGAUGCUGUGGAAAAACUUUGUUCGCCGCGUUGAAUGGACGGCGGCAGAUCCAUCAGUACAAUGUCAAGGACCGAAAAUUUGAGCCUCUCUGCAUUAAAUUCCAAGAUGAGGAUGAGAAACUCUUCAGUAUCGGGAACUCUAAUGUAGACUCGAAGACUCUGUGUCUGGUCGUGUACAAACAGAACGAGGCGAUAUCCAGGGUUCUGGAAGUCGACCUCAAUACCUUCGACAGAAGAGAUCUCAACUGUCCGGGUGACGUGAUGGCAGUUUAUCAAUGCGGUGAUCGCAUCUUCGCUACGGGGAGCGUAUCCGCACAAAAUACCAAACAGUUCUACGAGCUCAACUGUCGGACCAAGACGUGGGUCAAACGUGCCGAUCGGACCCAUGGUGUGACGAAUCAAACCACCGACAAGGUUCUGUUCGUGGACGGUUUCUUCAUUAGUUUCGUGGAGAAGGCUGCAUCGUCCGGGAAAGAAGUCAUUGAAGUUUACGAUGUCAAGAAGGAAGUCUGGAACUCACAGGACUCCGAGUUCUCAAGGAUCCGCGCGGUCGCUUGUUGUUGAAAGCCAUCAAGGAUUGGAAUUUAGAAUUUCUGAUAGGUACCGUGAUCGACUCCCAAAUGCCAAACGAAUAAUACCAGCUGCGCUUCGAUACAGUCGACUAGAAGUCAACUGAUUCGUAUGUCGAAGCGUUCCCUCCUCGAGAUCCUGUACGAUAAUUUCCCUCAAUUCCGCAUCGACGCAGGGACAACCCACAAAAUGUAAAUAUCGGAAAAGUGAAACAAGAGGAAGUGUCAUUUCAAUGGGUGAUUCAGACAAGGCGACUGUGAUCGUCUUUUGCGCACUGCAUGAAACUCACGCUCGUGGGCCUUGGCGUGCUAAAGCACAAGACAAUAAACGAACGGAAGGUGU